UGAAAAAAAAAAAAGGCGGUUGAGACACAGAAGUUUUUUGUGUGUCGGCUCGGCUCGACUGGCUGAGUUCUCCCGUUUUUCUUCUUGCUCCUGUCGCCUCUCGUGCCGGUGUCACAUUCAGCAGCACCAUCCUCACUUUUUGUGUUUUAUCUGAGGACCCAGUCCGGGUGAGCUGACUGAACACUGGGCGUAGCUGGAGAGGAUUUGGCUAGCUCGACCGCUGCGCUGACUGAACAGAUCUUGCACUCUCCAGGAACGUGUAGACCUGUGGCCAUCCUGUGUGCAUAAAGUGCACCAGCCUUGCUCUGCAGAGACGGACCACAAGCAUACAAGAGAUGAAACCAGAUGGGGUUACCACGGCAGCACUGGACCCAGUGGAAACAUUGGGAUCUAAUCCAGUGAAUGAUGCAGCACCAACCAACCAGGACCCCAUCCAGGCAGCCACUCCAGAGGAGGAGGCGCUCGCACAGCAACCUGUGGAAGAUAUGGAGCAGGUGAAACCACAAGCAGAAAAGGCCAAGGAAACUCCAGCAACCAAAACCAACAAAAAGUCGCCAACAGACCCCAAAACAAAGAUGACCAACAAGGCAGUUGCCAAGACAAAACCUAGCCCCACUAACGCAGUGCAGGCCACAACUGGAUCACGGAACACUUCCCAGAGCCGCCUAUCAAAUGGGAUGUCUAAGCCACAGACCAAUGGAAUGGCAAAGAAGACCACAGCUGUUGAAAAAAAGAGCACCCAGACCACAGCUCCCUUAAAAAAUUCACGAGGAACGACGGGGACUCUGCCCACAAAGAGUACUACAAAGGUGGGUGAGAAGAAAGCCACAGGUGCUGCCCCCACCAACAGUGGUGUCAAGCCAGUGCCCGGGACCACAGCAACCAAGAAACCAUCACCUACAACUCCUAAUGGUGUCAAAACCAGCACCACUACAGCUGCUACUAAGAAGCCUCCAGCUACCAAGCCCCCCUCUGCAGCACCUACCAAGCCCAGCUCUACUGCUUCACCCAAGACUGAUAAGCCUCCUGUUACUAAGACAACCAGGCCUACAACUGGUACAUCUACGUCUCGCCCCGCUCCAGCCUCCACUCGGCCACUUGCUUCAAGCACUACCAAGAGUUCCCCAUCCACAGCAAAACCUGCUCCCCCUAAAACCCCUUCCACUGCCACCAAGCCUGCUGCCUCCAAACAAACCUCUACUACCCCCUCUGGUGGAAAGUCUCCAGCAUCACAAACACUGAAAAAUGCAACCCCUGUUAAAAAAGAUGUUUCCAAACCAGCCACACCAGCAGCCAAGAAGCCUGCAGCCUCACCACUUACCCGACCCGUCUCCUCUACAAAGUCAGCUAAACCAGAGACCCCAAAAUCAGCCUCAAAAUCAGAUUCUGGUAUCAAAAAGACAGCUGCUACUCAAGCUGCAGACACAAAGACGCGUGGUCGUCCCAAAACAGAUGAAAUAAAGCAGAUAUCUUCUAAGAAUAUUUCCAAGACUCCUAUCUCCAAACCGUCUGCAACUAAGACUUCCAGUCCAAAGAAAACUAUUGGCAGCAGUACCCCAACUCCUGUGAAACGUGGCCCCAAAGCGGCAACUGAACCAGCAAAGGAAAUUACUGCUGUUGUUGCAGCUACUGCUGCUGGUAUUGGUACAGUAGCAGCUUGUAUCACCAAGUCAAAUGAGCCAGAACCUGCUGCACAAGUAGAAGAAGCUCCUGAAGCUCCUCUGUCAAGUACAGCAGAACUGAUGACCAGCAAGACUAAAGCAAUUCAUGAACAAGAACCAGUCCCUGAACAAAUCACUGCAUCAGUGUCAGAAUCCAUAAAAGAACCAUUACUACAAGAACAAGAACCCAUAAUAGAAAUAACACCAGAACCUGCACGAGAAACAACACCUGAGCCAAUCAGAGAAGCCACACCUGAGCCAAUCAGAGAAGCCACACCUGAACCAAUCAGAGAAGCCACACCUGAACCAAUCAGAGAAGCCACACCUGAACCAAUCAGAGAAGCCACACCUGAACCAGUCAGAGAAGCCACACCUGAACCAGUCAGAGAACCAACACCUGAACCAAUCAGAGAACCAAAUCCAGACCUUGUACAAGAAGCAACACCAAAACCUGUACAAGAACAAACAUCAGAACCUAUACAUGAAUUAACAUCAGAACCUGUACAAGAGCCUAUACAUGAAAUAACACCAGAACCUGUAAGAGAACCAAAUCAAGAACCUGUUCUCGAAGGAUCUUCAGAACACUCUGUAGAAACAUUGCCUCAGCCAAUAUUAGCACCAGAGUUAGAAGGUGGACCGUUACAUGAACUGUUUGCCAGUCCUCACCUUGCAGCUCAACUGGACUUUUACCAUCUUGAUAAAUCUGCUAAUGAGUGUAUCUCUUCUUUGGGAACUACUGUCAUGUCUCCUCCUUGUUCCCCACAAGGCUCUGUUUCACCCGUCAGAGAGCCAAAGCAUGAGUCUUUGCUGGAUAUGCAUGUCCAGUCUGAUCCUUGGGAUGGGAACCAGCCCCUUCCUGCAUUCAGUAGUUCUCCUCAGAGCUCAAGCGAUAUGGUGGCAUUCCAGGAAAGAGAGGAAAAGGAGACUAUGGAAGUGCAUGGAUCUUGGGAGGACAGGGAAGAAGAAGAGCAGGUGGAACAAGAAGAGAAAGAAAAACCAUUAAUACGUGGUCCCACACCUCCUUCAACUGAGGCCUUCAGUAUGAUGACACCGCUUCACAUGAUGGAUGUCUCACCCAUGGGUGACUUUACCUCCAGGGACCCACUCUCCCCUCACGAAAAUGAGGAUGCAGUAGAAAAGGCAGAGGAGGAGAUCAACGAGGAUGAUGAUGUGGCUGAUGAAGAUGAGGAUGAAGAACAGAGGAGACUACAUCAGCUUUCUUCCAUGGUCACUGACAUGAGCUCUUCUCAGCCCUCUGAGGAAUUCCAAGUGAGGUCACCCGCUUUUGGCAGUUCAGCAGGUUGGCACGGUGAUAACCUGCUGUCUGGGAUGGACUCUGAAGAUGUGAGUAGCUGUACCAGCAGUCGGCAGCAGGGAGUCUCUGACCUCAGCAGCACACAGCACACUGCAAUACUGGAAGGCACACAAAGCUCCGAUGCCCUGGUUGACUCCAGCCUCCGUGGUUCUGAAGGAGAUGGAAAUCUCAUGGGUUCACCCAAUGUGGAAACCUUGGCCAAUGAAGAAGAGGAGGAUGACGAUGAAGAGGACGAGCGGGUGGACGAUAUGGACCUGAGCUCGGAAAGAGCAGAGGAGCACCACAAAGUAUUUGAGCAGCAGGAACAAGAUGAGGACGAUGAAGAUGUCGAGAUGCACAGUGAAGGAGUAAUAGAGAGCUGUGAGAAUGUAGAUGAAGACGACUUUAAUGAGGAGGAACAUUUGGACAACCUCAAUUACUCUGGUCCAAUUCCCAACAUUCCCACUGCCUCUUCUUGGGACAAAACAAACCCCUUCUUUGAUCACUGGGCUCAACCAGCUUCACUGCUCUCUGCCUCCUCUCCUAGCCCUGUUUCAGACCAUGGUGCCGCUGAAUCUGAGACACCGAUGGAGUCUCCUGCUCAAGCAUAUAUGGACAGUAGUGCACCUUCACUAGCUCCACAGCCAGACCAGGAAUCUAAGAUGCAUCACUCAGACUAUGAGCAGAUACAGAGCUCAGAAUUUGAAGAGGGUCAUGUCCUACCUGCUGCCUCAGCUGUUGGCAUGUCCCAAAUCGGCGCCCUGAGUGGCACAGGCCUGGCUGCGCACAGCGGUAGUGAAACAAGCACACCAGAAGAACUUCAUGACUACGACAGUAGCUCUGGGGUAGAGUCUCGUUCUGACAAACAUCAGACACCUGUGCCUGCUUCAAUCCAACCUGACAUGGAGCAAGACCUAGGUAUUCACCUGGAGAAAGGUGAUGGAGAGGAGGAGGAGGCUGAGACACUGCCUGCUGAUGAGGUCCUUGGAACAGGGCCUCCAACGGCUCCUGCGUCAGCCCCCUCGUCCCCCUCAUCCUCAGGAGACGAGGCCAGCGAUACAGAGGGUGAGCUGCAGAUAAACGACCCUGAAGCAGCGAUGGUCAUGGAUGAGAAUGCUGGCUUUGAAAGUCCUCCUCCCACCUGCAGUCUGCCUGCUCUUGAGGAGGACGAGGAGGCAGUGGGCACACUAGCAGGAGAGGGUGAAGAGGAUGGAGGCGGGGCCACUCCUCAGUCUGCUAACUCUGUGGCGUCAUAUGGCUUUGACUGCACCACAUCCAACUCCAAUGCCCACUCUAUGGCUGAGAGCUGUGGAAAGAGUCCAGGCAUCUUCUCCCUGGAGAAUGAGGAGCAGCUGCCAGAGGAGGCCAAGGAUCCCUCACUCAUUAAGGAGCUGACCGUGCCAUCAGCCGCUGCUGCCCAAGUGGAGGACCUGCUGUGUAGGUCUGUGGACUUGAUGCCUUUGGACCACCCAGGAGAUAUCCAGCCUGGUUUAGAUGACUACCACUACUUAAUGGAGGGAAAGGAUGCAGCAGACCACCUGGAGGAGGUUGAAGCCCUACACCCCCAUCAUGUUGGAGCGCAGCAUAGUGAAGAUGAUAGUCAGCCAUCUUACUUCUCCACCAUAAGUGAUAAGACUGAUAGUUUUCUUGCAGGUAAUGUAUAAGCCUCCCUGUUACCCCCCUGGAAUGCACCUUUUUCCUGCAACCCCCCUUCCUCCUAUCCUGCUGUUUGUUUUCUCUCUCGUUGGAUUAGAAUCUUAGAAGAAGGAAAAAAAAAUACAGGAGCGCAAGAUUGUAGGAAAAGAUUUUAAAAAAAAUAAAGGGAUGGGGAAAAAAUGACUGUAGCAAUUUUUAAAUGAAGCCUCCCUCUUUCAUACUGUUAUGGUCAUGGUUAUGAGUGUAUGGCUUUCUCCUUGAUGUACAGUAGCUACUACCACUUUCUAUUAGGAUGUUCUUUUUAAGUAACACUGCUUAAUCUUUGGCUCCUGACAGGGUACUGACUGAUUGGUCUCAAGUGACUGAGCUUUCGAACACAAAAGAAAAAAAACACACACAUUGUGACUCACUGUGUAUUUAUCCUACUGUUUUUACCAGUCAAUGUCAACUUAAAAAAAAAAAAAAAAUCCUUUUUGUUUAUAUUUUGUUGGAACCUGGUCCUCCCAACCCUGUGUGCACAUGCUUCAUGUACUACAGCACCAUAGCACUAGUUACAUGUUCUCUUUAUAAGUUUGUGUUUUCAUUUUAACACUUUUAGAUAUCAAAAUAAAGGCUAGAUAUGAACUUGGCUUCUUCGUUACAGAGUUGAUGAGUUAGGUGUGGGAGUAUUAGAUUGUUGAAGUUUUUGUCGUGUGCUUUGAGAGGUUCUAUGUUCCUUGCAGGCUGUUAAGGUAAUUAUGUGGUUGGAGAAUUUGGGUGUAAGUGGUUAUGCCUCAGUCCAUUUGUGCUUCAGAAGAGACUGAGAACAAGCCUGUUCUUUGUGACGAGACCUUACAAUGUUCCACAUCGUAUCGCAGUUGAAUGUUACACUGAAACUGUCCACAGUGGGCAGUUGGUUUAUAAUUUUUACAGUAUAUUGCAUGUUUAACUAACAAAAGUCAAUAUUACCUGAAGAGUUGAAACAACUCUACAUGCAACAUGUUCAGAAAUAAAUGGUUCAUGCAAAGAUAUCUUUCAAAAUUCCAUUAAAACAUCAUUGCAAGGCA